ACAGAAACUGAGCUGAAAAUAAGGAAGAUUCUGAAAACACUAAACCAGCUGAUCCCACCCAGACCCUUCACCCAURAGGACACCACCACCAGUGCCACACACAGCACAGUCACCCUCCUCAACCCUAGAGACACAUACUGCAGGGGGGACCAGCUGGACAUCCUGCUGGAGGCCAGGGACCACCUGGGACGCAGGAAGGAAUAUGGAGGGGACUUCCUCAGGGCCAGGAUGUCCUCCCCAGCCCUGAAAGCAGGUGCYUCAGGAAAGGUGACAGACUUCCACAAUGGCACCUACCUUGUCAGCUUCACUCUGUUCUGGGAGGGCCAGGUCUCCCUGUCUCUCCUGCUCAUCCACCCCAGUGAAGGGGUGUCVGCUCUCUGGAGGGCAAGGAACCAAGGCUAYGAUAAAAUUAUUUUCAAAGGUAAAUUUGUUAAUGGCACCUCCCAAGUCUUCACUGAAUGUGGCCUGACCCUAAACUCUAGCUCUGAACUAUGCACCUACCUGUAUGGGAGAGACCAGGAAGCCUUCUACUGCAUGAAGCCUCAAAACAUGCCCUGUGAGGCCCUGACUCAUGUGACCACCAGGAACCGAGAAAUUUCUUAUCUUUCUGUCAAGGAAAAAAGCCUUUUCCAUAAAUCUCUGAUACCAGAGAGUGAAAAGAGCACAGAGAAAUGCCAAAUUGGAAUGAAGAUUCUGGUCCCUGGUGGAUACACUUUACAAGGAAGGUGGAUAACAACAUUUUGUAACCAGAUUCAACUAGAUACAAACAAGAUCAAUGACUGCUUGAAAGGAAAACUCAUUUACCUGCUGGGAGACUCCACACUGCGUCAGUGGAUCUACUACUUACCCAGAGUUGCAAAAACACUGAAAUUUUUUGAUCUUCAUGAAACUGGACCUUUUAAGAAACAUUUGCUUCUGGAUGCUGAAAGACAUACUCAAAUUCAAUGGAAAAAACAUGGCUUUCCUUUUGUCACUUAUAGUACCUAUUCCGUGACAGAUGAAGGUUAUAUCCCUCGGGAAAUUGACCGGCUAUCAGGGGAUAAAAACACAGCCAUUGUCAUAACUUUUGGCCAACACUUCAGACCUUUCCCCAUUGACGUUUUCAUUCGCAGGGCCAUAAGUGUUCGAAAAGCUAUCCAACGACUAUUCCUAAGAAGUCCCGACACUAAAGUGAUCAUUAAGACAGAAAAUAUCAGGGAGAUGCACRUAGAAACAGAGUGGUUUGGAGACUUCCAUGGUUACAUUCAGUAUCUUACCCUGAAUGACAUUUUCAAAGAUCUCAAUGUAGGUGUCAUUGAUGCCUGGGACAUGACCAUUGCAUAUGGUACCAAUAAUGUCCACCCACCUGAUGUUGUGAUUGGAAGUCAGAUUAACAUGUUCUUAAACUACAUUUGCUAA